UCAUAGCUCCUCAAACAACAAUGGAGACGUUAGGAGAAGGCGAACAUGGAGCAAGUGUUAAUAGAGGCAUCAGCUUGAUUCUUCACUGUACCGCCACCAAUACCUUGAUAAUUUAGAUGGCCAAAACUUUGUGAACACUUUAACAUCAAACCCAUGGAGAUGGAGUCAUGGCACCAACUCCCAGUUGAAGAGGAUCCUAGUCAGUUUCUGGGACAAACAUCAGGCUUGCUGGAAGCUGAUGAUCUACAAGGGAUUACACUUAGCUCUGAAGGGCAAAUGGCUAUCAUGGGAGACUCAAACAUGCAGCCAGCAGCCAACAGAUUUGAAUCUUUACAGCUAGAACUGCAGGAUAGCUGUUUAUCGCCUGCACUGACUCUGGUUCCUCAGGGGAAGGCCGUUGUACCUUCAGAGUUCACUCUCCUCUAUCAGACAGAUUUAGAGUUUGUCCCUUUAAGGGGGUCACCUGACCUGUCCAUUGCUUCUGAGAGGUGCUCUCAGAUGUCACGCCUAGAUGUGGAUGGAGAAUCCAACCUCACACACAGGUCCCACGAACAGGCAUCACUAUCACAGCGUCAUUUGGGGACGAUGUCUGUUAUUUUAGAGGAUGCUACUAGCUACUGCUCACUAUCACAGCACAGCAUGUCACCUAGUAGCAAUUACCAGGCAACCCAGAUUCAUGAUGAGGAACACAAUAGUGGCCUGGAGAACAAUGAUGAAUGGCAGAAGGAGCUAGAGGAACAAACUGAUGCUGAUUUGAAUGGAAGAGGGAAUGCAUAUGGUUUAAGCAGUGGCAAACCUGUUCACUCCUUUCAGAAACUUCUGGAAAAGGAUCUUGGUGUAGCCAGUAGCAGUGCACCCUCUUCGUCUGAGACUGUUCUCAGUCAAACAGAGAGCCAGACUAAACAUUCUGCUGUUUCCCAGAAGCAGGAUCCUGCAUGUACCUCUACAAAGGAACACCAGUUCAGACCAUCUGAAAGUAGAAAGCAGCCUCAAGGUGGCUCUUCGUCAUUGUUAUCACAAAGAAGGACUUUGGGGAGAGGUAGUGUGUCACUUUCCAAUCGUUUAUCUGCUGUCUCAAAUAUUACAGUUCGCUCCAGAAGUAGGCAAGCAGAUGGCACCACUGACCUUCCACUCGGGCAGCUUCAGCUCCACAGUGAGACCUCAUUAGCUGCACCAGAAGGUAGUAAUCAAACUGAGAACAAAAACACUCCAAUUGGACAGAAUGUCCCUUUGGCCAGUGAAGGUGGCGGGCUACAGAGAGCACUCUGGAGCUCAGGCAGCAAUCAUGCAGCAGAUGGUUCUUUUUUGUCCUCUCAGCCUGUGUUUCAGUCCACACCUGCAGUGCUGCUUGGUAGAGAAGCACUAGCUGCACCCAGACUAUCUCCUGUAUAUUCUAAUCAAGACACUGUGGCCACAUCAACCCAAAACAGCACUCCUAAACCAAAUGACAUUCCAGCAUUAGCCCUAAGUACCUCAAGCCACCCAAGCAUUGCUGGAGUUACAAUUGCCACUUCUUUGGACCCAGGUGAAGCUCAUACAGAGUCACACCUUCAACAUGAGAGAGCUCAAAGCCAAGAAGGCCCUUCCCCUGUAGUAAAUGUGCCUGUCAUUGCUGAUGAAGACACGCCACUUGAUCAACCUACCUUAGCCAAACUCCUGCCCACAUCUGACCAACAGCUCAAAAAUCAGGAGCCUAGGCUCUCUGAAGGUAGAGUGCAUUCUCUACCCAGCCUCAGUUAUGUGCAGAAGGUUGAUGCUUGGAAAGCCAAUCAGAGUUCCAGCAGGCCAUUUUAUGACAAUUUGUCUUUGCAAGGGUUUGAUGGUGUACAUUCAAAAAGGAAAGAACAAGAUUCUGUUUCUGAGGCAAUAAAACAACAAAGUCAACAACAUUCUAACAAGACAUCUUCAGAGUUUAGUGCCAAUUGCAGCACUCCACCUACUCAGACAGGUAGUGGUGUGCAAUCAUGUGUGGAUGUGGAUGUGGCAGGAGGAGCUAUAGGGUCCACGUCACCAUCACCAUUUACUCAGUCCUGUUCCCACUCCUCUCUUGGAACAGUCAUCACCCCUGUUCAGCAGGAUGAACUGCAACAAAACCAAAAUCAAUCUCCUCUUACACACAUUGAUACCAUCUCUCCAGGCUUCAAGUCUGCUGCAGCUGAAUCAGCACUGUCCUCAAGUGAAACAAAUAACCAUAGGCCAGCUGAUGACUCGGGCACCAGUCCUUUAAAGCCCCCUGCUUUGGUUAGUGUGGAUCAGUACAGAGGCAUAAACGUAAAUAACAACAUGAGCAACACAGUUUCCAAUUUUCAGGCAUCAACAGGUGCAGCUUCCUCUGUUGUAAGUCUUGAGUUGGACAACUAUGCACCUUAUUGGAAUUCUAGACCCGGAUCCCCCCGACGGCCCCCCGAGUUUAACAUCGAAGACAGAAUCCCUCUCUACCUUCACAAUUUGGGGAUUGAUCAGUCACCUUCAACAAUCCUAAAUCCCUUUACACUACGAGGACCCAUCAGAGAGCCUGAAUUUUCUCCUACUGAUUUAUGUACCAUUAAAGGCUCAGUGGGAACACCCACCAAGAGUAUGCAGCCAUCUGAUGGUGACAGUCUUCAGAAGGAGACAUUCUCAAGUUCCAGUGUGCUUUCUGCAGAUUCCAGUGCCUCUUUAACACAGUUAUUUAUUCAGCAGUCCGUUCAGCAGCCAAUCAGACCAGCUAGUUCAGGCAGUAUAAGGAAAGAACACUUUCAGACAGGCACUCCUCCUAAACUCCACAGUCCAUUGCACAGUGUUCAUCAUGGAGCUGACACUUCUCAUCGAGAGGGCAGUUAUGGCCUGCCAACUCAGUCUGCAUCUGUUUCUGGGACCUCAGAGAGUUUAAAAGAAGGGGACUCAUCUCUUGUGGGUUCUGGAACCCUGCAGGAGAUAAGGCGUUUGCUUGGUCAUGCAGAGAGCCUUGUGUCUGGACAUUACUCAGAGGCCUCCUUCCGUGGCUCACACUGUUAUUCAGGGAGCAAUGCUUCCUUAUUGUCACUCCAGCAGAACACACAAGCAUAUCAUGAUGACUCAUUUUUGUCAGUUGAUGGAAAGGUUUCUUUAGUACUAGCUCACUCAUCCUCAGACUCCGCCUUGAAGGAGAGCUCCUCAUCCACAUCUGGGCCUCUAGAGCUGUCCACAAAUUCUGAUCACAUGAGCAAAGGGCAUUCAGCACCCUCUCUGGGCAGGGAGGAAAAUCCAAAGUCGCGUGAUUUUCGUGUGGCUCCAAGGAGAGCAGAGCCUGAGGGUUGCAGUGCAGCAGACCCCGACAGGGUAGGCCCUGUGAUUCAGUCGAUUACACAGGGGAAUGAUUCCUUAACAUUAGAUGGCCAACAGCAAAGUCAAGACAAUACAGAGAAUGCUGGCAUCAUUUCAUCUGAGAUAAGUCCCACCCACAGUCAAACAGAGGCAGAAAUGGGUGUUUUAAGUAAUGCCAGCAGUGAGCAUUCACUGGCUUCUAGGGUUGCUAAGCUUCUGCAGAGUGAGUCGUCUGUCUCUGUGGUUACCAGCCGGUCAAGUACUGCUGAUCCCGAUGAGGGCCAAGCUAGAGACUGGAUCAUGAAGUUGUCUGGUGCCAAGAGUGAAUCAUUAGACCUUAAUGCAGAGGACAGAAGAAGGAUUGAGGAGAUCAAAAGAGAGCUCCUGUUACAUACUAAACACACCAAGUCGAGCUCAGAUUCAGAAAGCAGUACGCAGGCCAGUGUUGGCACUGUCCCCAAGCCUGCUGUAGGCUUUGCAGCAGUGCGCAGUGCAGAAGACCGUCUCUCAAAGCAGCUGCAGAGAGUCAGUCAAAUUCCACUCAACCCCAGUGUUCCACUGCACACACCACCAGAGGACAGAGAAAGUCAGAUUGGCAUCAAGGAGGGGUGUAACCCUCAGCACACACCCUCCCCUGAGACAGUGAGUCAGCGCCUGCAUACACACAAUGGCCAUGCCUCACACAAUGACAAUGUGCUAGAAAGAAACUUGUAUACAACCCUGAGGUCAUCUGAGGAGUGGAAACUGCAGGGUCAAGUGACAAAUAGAGCAACAAAGAAUGAAUGGGGAAAGGGGAGAGAAGUGAGAGAUAAAGAUGAGCUCUCAGACAGUGAGAGAAAUGAGCCAAUCCCAGAAGCAGCUCAUUCUGCCAUCAGAGGAAAACGAGAGUUUACUCCAGGCUUGGAGUCAGGUUCUGCCCUUGGUCAUGAACCUCACUUGUCCAGUAGUCACUUCACACCUUCAGUGACAUUACAACAAAACACCACCCAGAGACCUCACACUCCUGCCAGUGAUUCCUGCAGUUACCAAGAACUGCCCAGUGGAUCACACACACAUCACUUAGACAGUCCGAACACCUCAAGAGCUGUCCCAAUCCCAGUCUCUAGCACCAAUGAAGAACGGCAAGCAUCUGUAUCCAGUGAGACCAGCUUAAGUAAAGACAGAAACGCAGACCAGGCUCAGAACACAGGAAUGGUUAAUGGAUAUUCACAGACUACCUCCAGAUACCCACAAGCCUUUACCACUGACCAAAGUCUGGCUGGUCCAAGUAUACCUUUAUUAGUUAAUACAACUGCUAUUCCAACUUUAUUGCCAUAUAAACCUCAUGGCAGUUCAGAACUCUUCUAUAUGCCACAGGCUCUCCCUGAGCUCUCGCCUAAUCGCUCUGAUACAACAGUGGAGAGCUCUCACCCAGGAUCUGAUGAUGCUGUACCCCCUCAAUUUACACCUGAGGUUUUGGGAUCCAGGGAGCUUGUGGACAACAACGUUACACCGAAACAUAAGGAAGGCAUUUACAGCAAAAGGGCCAAAAUGAAAAGAGAAUCCACUCUGUCUACAAAAGGCUUUCAUAACCAAAGAGGCAAUGCUGGUCUGCCAUAUCGGCGUACUGGUUUCAGUAAGUCUGUUGUCCUUGAAAAUGAGCAAGCGGCUGAGCAAACCGAGGAGGGUGAAGCAUUUAUCCCCCUGCACAUGGAGGCUAAGUACAGCACAACUGAACUACAUCCUAACCACAGAGUAGAAAAGCAUAACAUGGGAACAGAAACUCUGCCUUUGCAUACUAAGGCCACAAGGGAGAAGGAGAAGGACAUAAAAGCUCAGCAAAUUGGUGCGGAGAUUGACAGCUCUCUAGACCAGUUGUGGCGUCGUUUCAAUGAGCAAUUCAUCCUUCAGGAGACUCAAACCACUAACACCUUAGAAAUAUCACUGCUGGAAAGACUGGAACGUCUGUCCCGACUGCUGCACAGCUCCUCACCACCACACACACCUAAACUGGCACACAGUAGAGUGGAAAAAAGCAAGAGUAGGACGAGAGAACAUGAGCCACGGAGAACACAGGAAACAGACACCACCAAAAAGAGAAAAGUGAAAGAGAGAAAUGAAGUGAGAGAUACUCUAAAAACUGCAUGGGAAAACAAGUCUUCAAGUAACAAACAGACAUUAGUGGAGAAGAAGCACCAAGAAAAAGACUUUUACCUUCCCGCAGAGAGACUCGAGUCUGCCAGUGUUUCUGUGGAGACUAGUAGCAGCCAGUCUACUAUUGACACACAGCGCUUGAUCAAAGCUUUCGGACCACACAGAGUUAGCAGUAGGAGACAAGAUGAGGCUGGAAGUCAGACCCUAAAGCCCAAUGAUGGCCUGCUGAAACUUUAUAACACCAUUAAGAAGCAGAAAAGAGGACAUGGGAAAAGUAGAUCUGAAAAUCACCUUGUUUCUGUUGCCACAGAAACAAGCAACACAGAUGACUCCAUGGCCUCAGACACAUUAUCAUCCUCAAGCGCUUAUACACCACCCUCCCAAAGAGGCACUGGACGUUCCACUAGUUAUAAGAGGGCAAAAGUCAAACUGGUCAGCAGAAGCAUACAAGCAGGUGAUUUGGAAAUUGUUGUAAAUGGCACCCGCAAAGACACACGGGAUGUUGGCACUACCUUCCCAUCUCCAGGUAGUGCCAGAGUCACCAGGGCAUCUUCAGCAGUCUGUAGUGAGAUAAAGGACAGUAUGCCUGCUCUCAAGGCUUUCAGUGCUGUUCAAGUCCAACCAGAGCUGAGAAAACAGGCCCCCAGCAAACUCGCCUGUUACCCGAAUGGUUUGUCAUGGUUUGUUUCUGCCAAUGAACUGAAAUGGGAAGCACGGAAGGAGAAUAACCCCCAAACAGAUGCAGGGAAGUCUGAAGGUCAAGCCUGGUUCGAGCCCUACACUAGGAUACAGCCAUGGAGAGAGCCGCUUAGAGAACGACACUUUCAAAUAGAAAGAGAGAAUUCCCCUGAGCAAAACGUGCUUGCAGAGAAUGAUUGCAGCAGCAAACCCUCUUCCCUAGUCCGUCUCUCCCUGCAGGAGGCGCUGGAGUUGCGUCGACCAGAGUUUGUGUCCCGUUCAAGGGAGCGGAUGAAAAGGCUGUGUCUGCUUGUGGAAGAGAGAAAAAUGCAAACUGUUUUCAACAAAGAAAGAGAGGAGCUUUUUAACCGCCCUUCAGCAGUGCAGCAGCCAAAAGCAGCACCAGCUCCUCCACCUCUUCCCUCUAAGCGAGUUAUUCCUGUAAGUGAGAUGGUCCAGAGAUCCAAGCGGAUCUAUGCUCAACUCCCAGAAGUUCAGAAGAGGAAGGAGGAAGAAAGAAGAAAAGCAGAGUACAACACCUACCGCCUUAAUGCUCAGCUAUUUAACAAGAAAAUUACUAACCGUGUGCUGGGAAGAAGAACGCCUUGGCAGUAGAAGGAACAUCAACCCAAACAUUAUGCUGCAGAGCUGCUUUACAGCUGAUUCUCUUUGUGUGUGUGUGUUUGUGUUAUGAGUGUAGAAGUCAGAGGGUGGUAGUGUGUGUGAGUGUGUGAUCAAAUGAAUAGAACAGCCCUUUUCAGAUGUAAUGUAAGCAAUUUUUUUAUCUUGGUAUUUAAUUUGUCUUAAUAUUUUAAUAAUGUUUUAUAAUAUUUCUAAACUAUUAAUGGUGCCCAGUGCCAUAUUUUUAAAAAAAUGUUUUAUCAGUGUUUUCUUGCAAAUAAAGAAGACUUCCACAUAUAGAGUGUGA